AUGUUCGAAUUCGUUCAAAGCACGGACGGGAAACUUCCGGGUAACCAGGGUCUUUGGGAUCAGCACCUAGGGAUCAAAUGGGUCCAUGAUAACAUAAAAGCGUUCACCGGAAACCCCAAUGACGUCACGAUAUUUGGAGAGUCGGCAGGUGGUGCAUCUGUUGUGUACCAGGCCUUAUAUCCGGGUAACCAAGGCUUCUUCCAGCGUGUGAUUGCUCAGAGUGGCUCCGCUUUGGCCUACUGGGCAAGUCAUGAAUUACCGAACGCAGAGGCUUUCAUCACUAAGAAGGGUUGCAACCAGGCUCCGGACUCACUAGAAUGCCUUCGCGCCCUCACAUCGGGCAACUUCAAGACAACGACCCUUUACCAUGGGCACCGUUUGUAG